GCAAUGCUGUCUCCACUACACGCGCGCUGCCUUCGAUUCCCCCAGCCUCUCUUUCUACUUUAUUGUGCAUAAUAGCAAUUCCCUCUGCAGCAGGCUACUGUGCACAGGGCUCAGUGCAACAAGUUUACAGGAGCCGUCAGUACAGGUAGACUUGAUUUUGGCUGGAGCGGAGUGGCGCUCCACUCAUCCUUCUGUCGCUGUCACUACAAGUCACUGUACGUAAACGCCGCGUCGCAGGCACACACUCACACAAACACGCACACACACUGCACAGAGCAGAACAGUGUGCCAUAAAUUCGUGACUCCGCGCCAGAUGCAGUUCGCUCCCAACAAGCGCGUGUAGGUGUAGUUAAUAUGGAGAUCGCGGAGGCAAGAGGAGCAUCUAAGUGCGUGGAAAAAAUGGAGAAAGAAGUGGCGCCUCAGAAGCGACAACAUUGCGGCACAACAGUGCUGAACAUUAUCUCGUAUUUGUGCUCAGUGGCGUCCAUCGCCUUUUGCAUUUUUCUGAGCAUUAACACAGCUGAUUUGAAGAACCGGGUUGUGGAUUUGGAGAGUGGGAAUGACGAGCACACCUUGAUCCGUGCCCCUGGCUACUCCAUGGGUCAUUUUAAUUCAUUGAUUGAACAAAGAGUGGAUGAGCUCCUCUCACAGCGCUCCUAUGAACAUUUUGUCAAGAUUCGGACUGCCAGACAAGCAGGACCUGAAUGUAGCUGCCCUCCAGGACCUCCAGGAAAGCGAGGAAGAAGAGGCCGCAAUGGAGAACCUGGACCUCCUGGCCCUCCAGGUCCUAAGGGUGAAAAGGGGGAUCAAGGCGACCAGGGACCACGGGGAUUGCCUGGUCUCCCUACGCUGGCUGCUUUGCACAGCAAUCAGAUCCUGACUGUCAAGGGAGAUCAAGGGCAAGCUGGACCACCUGGGCCUCCGGGGCCACCGGGCCCUCCUGGGCCAAGGGGGCCUCCAGGGGACACAGGGAAAGAUGGGCCCAGAGGUGUGCCUGGUCUAGCAGGGGAUCCAGGGCAGCCUGGAGAACCAGGAAUCAUGGGUUCACUCGGGCCUCCUGGCAUCCCAGGUGUUGAUGGACUGAAGGGGGAUGUUGGCAUCCCAGGAUUGGACGGUGUCCCCGGAGCCAAGGGUGAAAUAGGAGAGCGAGGUGAAAAGGGCGAUAUGGGUGAAGACGGAACGAAAGGUGAUAUGGGAGAGAAGGGAGAUGCAGGCUCCACUGCAGCAGGCAUCAAGGGUGAACCUGGAGAGCCUGGACGAAGUGGAUUAAAGGGUGAGCCUGGAUUCUUCGGUCCCCAGGGAGAGCCAGGGCUUCCAGGACUCCCAGGAACUAAGGGUGAGAGAGGUGACCACGGGCCACAAGGAAAAGGUGAAAGAGGAGAACUUGGACCCGUUGGACCAAAGGGUUCACAAGGAGAGGCUGGUACGCCUGGUCUUAAAGGGUCAAAGGGGGAGACUGGAGACAAAGGGGAGCAGGGAUCUUUUGGCCCGAAGGGCCCCCCUGGGCAGAAAGGAGACCAAGGAGCCACUGAAAUCAUCGACUACAAUGGAAAUAUUCAGGAGGCUUUACAGAAGAUUACCACUAUUACAGUAACGGGUCCUCCUGGACCUAUUGGGCCGAUGGGACCCGAGGGUAUGAAGGGGGAUCGUGGUAUGCCCGGUCUCCCUGGACUCGAUGGUGAAAGAGGCUACAAAGGUUCGAAAGGUGACAUGGGAAUGCCUGGAGCCUCAGGGGAGAAAGGAGCAACUGGUUUACCCGGCCUACCCGGUGUCAAUGGGGUAAAAGGGGAUAAGGGAGAUACAGGUCUACCUGGUCCUCAAGGGUCUUCGAUCGUCGGCACUCCAGGGCCACCAGGGCCCCAUGGACUCCCAGGACCCAUGGGCCCCCAUGGUUUCCCUGGACCAAAGGGGGAACCUGGUUUGCAUGGUGUGAAAGGCAUCCGAGGCGAACCAGGACACAAAGGGGACCGUGGACCACUGGGUCUCCCCGGAGCCUCCGGCUUGGACGGCAAGCCCGGAAUUAGGGGCACGGAUGGGCCUACGGGUCCAGCUGGUCCAGCUGGGCCAAAGGGUGACAUAGGUGAGAGAGGAGCACCCGGCGAGCCAGGACCAAGGGGACCUUAUGGACUGCCUGGAUCUGCUGGAACUCCAGGCUUGGAUGGGUUGCCAGGCUUAAGGGGAGAGAAAGGCGACGUUGGGGAAAGAGGAGAAAAGGGUUUCCGGGGAUUUAAGGGUGAAAAGGGGGAACCAGGGCAGCCAGGUCUGGACGGGCUGGAUGCCCCAUGCCAAUUGGGCCCAGAUGGAUUACCAAUGCCUGGAUGCUGGCAGAAGGGAGUCACGCCAUGGCUGGUAGCCUGAAAAUCCCCAGAAAGUAAAGCUGUUUAUUAUUGUUGCUUUAUUGUGGUGAUGCCUGCAGAGGGUAUGAUAUCAGCAGGUUUUUCACUGUUGCACUCAUGUGGCUCCGCGUCAUCGUCAGUGUGGCGCCUCUCGCACACACCCACACGUCUCCCGGCGAGAGGGGAGAACUUAGCAGGCUCGCUGCACCGUUAGGAAAACAAAUCAGGCUCACGUGGAUUUGAGAUUGGACAGGCCUGCUCGGGACGCCCUAUGAGCACGGGAAUGGAUUCUGCAGGAGAGUCGCGAAGAGUCUCAUUGAUCUCCAUCGAGAUCAGCUGGAGCAUCUGCUUCUCCUAACAGGCAACGCUUCAAGAUCUACUGAGAGCGUGAACAGAAUGCGAUCAUGUUUUUUUUUUUUUUUUUUUUUCUUUUUUUGCUCUCAUUCUUUAAAAUAGUUAGUAUUUUGUGUAUAAUAGCCUUUGGUGCCUCAAGCUUUUAUUCAUUCCUUUAUCUGACAUGUACAACUUUAUAUCAUAUUUUGAAUUAUUGGAAUGGUGUUUAUUUCAGGAAGUUAAGCUUUGUUUGGUCAAGUUGUGGGAGUAUUGAAAAGACACAACAUUGCGCACUGUUUUUCAUACAAUUUUUUUUUUUU